AUGGCGCGGGUUUACGCAGACGUCAACCAGAACAUGCCUCGAGCAUACUGGGACUAUGACAGCGUCAACAUCAGCUGGGGUGUCUUGGAGAACUACGAGGUUGUCCGCAAGAUUGGUCGCGGAAAAUAUAGCGAAGUUUUUGAGGGCAUCAACGUGGUUAACUACCAGAAAUGCGUCAUCAAGGUCCUCAAGCCUGUCAAGAAGAAGAAGAUCAAGCGUGAGAUCAAGAUCCUACAGAACCUGGCGGGAGGGCCCAACAUCGUCGCACUGCUGGACGUCGUCCGCGAUUCACAGAGCAAGACACCUUCGCUCAUCUUCGAGUUUGUCAAUAAUACCGACUUCCGAAGCCUAUACCCCAAGUUCAACGAUUUCGAUGUUCGUUUCUACAUCUCCGAGCUCCUCAAGGCGCUGGAUUUCUGUCACAGCAAGGGCAUCAUGCACCGUGAUGUGAAACCUCACAACGUUAUGAUCGAUCACGAGAACAGAAAACUUCGCCUUAUCGACUGGGGUCUGGCUGAGUUCUACCACCCUGGCACUGAGUACAAUGUGCGCGUGGCUUCCCGCUACUUCAAAGGCCCAGAGCUCCUAGUCGAUUUCCAGGAAUACGACUACAGUCUGGACAUGUGGAGUCUCGGGGCGAUGUUUGCGUCGAUGAUCUUCCGCAAAGAACCAUUUUUCCAUGGCAACUCCAACAGCGACCAGCUGGUCAAGAUUGCCAAGGUCCUGGGUACCGAUGACUUAUUCGACUACUUGGACAAGUACGAGAUAGAGCUUGACGCCCAGUACGACGACAUCCUUGGCCGCUUCCAGAAGAAGCCUUGGCACAGCUUCGUCAAUGCCGAUAAUCAGCGGUUUGUCAGCAAUGAGGCUAUUGAUUUCCUCGACAAACUAUUGCGUUACGACCAUCAGGAGAGAUUGACCGCGAAAGAGGCCAUGGCCCACCCAUAUUUUAACCCUAUUCGUGACGAGGCAAAUCUCCAGGCGUACCUAGCGGGUGCCCCUGGCGUUGUAAACUCUUGA